UUCUGGUCCUGUUGCGCUGAACUCCCGAGCGACGGAGAAGACAUUGACGCUCUGCCGCCCAAGCAGUUGCUCUCCGGUUCUUCGGUCGCCCAUCUCGUCGCCCAUUCGCCCGACUCUUUCAAAGAGCGACUACCUCGGAACUUCGUUAGCAACCGCGAAGCACAGACCCAGUCCGGCUGCUGCAGCCGCUGGAUUUUUCCCCAUACUAGCCAAGCAAAAGGUGUUCCCCAUACUAGCCAAGCAGACAGAGGCAAAAUGAAAAGAGGCGAGUCUACCAUAAGGCAAGGAGAUCUGAAAUGUCAACCCGCAUGAAGAAGGUGUUGACGGCAUUAGAGGGCUUAAGGAAGAAGCCUGACCUGGGCGAAGAGGAUAUUGGGCCCAUUGAGAAGUUGAUCGCAGACGCAUACUCGAUAAUCGACAAGAGUGCGAAAGUGGGCACGAUUCACAGAAACAAGGCGUCCAGAAGAAAAUCAAGAUUGGCGAGGGCCAAAAGAACAUUGUUGAUGCAAGCAGGACUGUACACGCCUGCACCGGCAGCCGGAGCUGGUGUAGAGGCUGUGGCAGCUUGAUUGCUUUUAGUGUGUUGCAAAUCCCACUACUACACAAUUUUGCUGCAAACUUGUUUUCUAUCCUGCUCUUGUGUACACAG